AUGAAGCUUUUUAGUUGGAUGCAAAAUAAGAUCAAUGGGAAGCAAGGAAACAAGAAACCAAAUAUAGUUUCUACUACAACCCAUCAUGCAAAACAAGAGCCACGUGAAGAAUUUAGUGACUGGCCUCAUGGAUUACUAGCGAUUGGAACUUUUGGAAACAAUGAAUUGAAAGAAAAUAAUGCUGCUCAAAGCCCAGAUAUUCAGGAAGAUCCGUCUUCAUCCGAAGAAAUCCUAGAUAAUUUCACGCCAGAGGAAGUUGGUAAAUUGCAUAAAGAGUUGACAAAACUCUUAACGCGAAAACCAGACAUCGAAAAGAAAAUCGCAGAUCUUCCGUUGGACAGAUUUCUAAAUUGCCCAUCAAGCUUGGAGGUUGAUCGCAGAACCAGCAAUGUGCUUUGCUCCGAUUCAUCAGAUGAUCACAAGGAUGAAGAUAUUGAGAAAACUAUUAGUGUCAUACUUGGUAGAUGCAAAGACAUAUGUGCAGACAAUAAGAAGGCAAUUGGGAAGAAAUCAAUUUCUUUUCUUCUUAAGAAGAUGUUUGUUUGUAGAAGUGGGUUUGCACCAGCACCAAGUUUGAGAGACACACUUCAAGAGUCAAGGAUGGAGAAGCUUCUUAGGGUAAUGCUUAACAAGAAGAUCAUCAAUCCGCACGGCACUCCUCGAGCAUCAUCAAUGAAGAAAUACCUCGAGGACAGACAGAAUCCAACAAUAAGGGAAAAUCACAAUGAAGAUGAUACAAAAGAGAAGAUUAAUGAUGGAUGUAAAUGGGUCAAGACAGAUUCUGAAUAUAUAGUGCUAGAAAUUUGA